AUGGAGGCCGGGAAGUUCUUGGGAUUCAUGAUCACCCAAAGGGGAGUAGAGGCCAACCCAGAGAAUUGUCAAGCGAUUCUUCAGAUGAAGAGCCCGGGUUGUAUCAAAGACGUCCAACGUUUGGCGAGAAGGCUGACGGCGUUAUCCCGCUUCCUCGGCGCAUCGGCAGCAAAAGCCUUACCCUUCUUUUACCUGAUGAAAAAGGGAAUAGCAUUUGAAUGGACCCCAGCGUGUGAGGAAGCAUUCAACCACUUCAAGGAAAUCCUGGCGACACCCCCGGUGCUCGGGAAGCCCAAGGCCGGAGAACCACUCUAUCUCUACUUAGCAAUAACAGAGGAAGCGCUUGCGGCAGCGCUCGGACACCGCGUAGUCGUGAGGACGGACCAAGCAAUUCGCCAAGUACUCCAAAAACCUGAUUUGGCUGGGAGGAUGAUGACCUGGGCCAUUGAGCUCUCCCAAUAUGACUUGCAAUAUGAGCCCGGACAUGCGAUCAAGGCGCAGGUGAUGGAAGAUUUCUUGGCAGAGGUAACGGGUGAUCCCCCCGAAGAAACGGGCACACGGUGGAGGCUCCACGUAGACGGUGCCUCCAACCAAACGUCCGGGGGAGCCGCGGUCAUCUUAGAGAGCCCGGAGGGAGUCAUUUACGAGCAGUCGACCAAGUUCAAAUUCCCCGUGUCGAAUAAUCAAGCGGAAUAUGAAGCCCUCUUAGGUGGACUAACACUAGCUCGGGAAGUCGGGGCAACAAAGCUGGAAUUAUGCAGCGACUCAGAAGUCGUCACCUCGCAAGUAAACGAAAUCUAUCAAGCCAGGGACCCCCUCCUACAAAAAUAUUUGGAAAAGGUUAGAGAAUGGACAAGGCAGUUCCAAGAGGUCACGGUCCAACACGUCCUAAGAGAAAGGAACACACGGGCAGACCUCCUGUCUAAACUAGCGAGCACGAAGCCAGGAACGGGCAACCGGUCUCUCAUCCAUGGCAUGGUAAAGGAACCAACGGUUGCCCUCCAUUUGACGGAGUCAAGCCCCUCCUGGUUGGACCCCAUCACAAACUUCCUGGAACACGGCAAGUUACCUGACGAUGAGAAAGCAACCAAAACGUUGAGAAGGGAGGCAGCCAGAUACGCAAUCAUACAAGGGCAACUAUUCAGAAAGGGGCUCAGCCAACCCCUAUUGAAGUGCUUACAUCCCGACUAG